AAUAUUUCCCUUGGUAACCAUUUUCCCUGGUUACUUUCUUGGCUGAUUUUCUGCACAAAGAACUGAAAGGCAUUUAUCCCCAAGGGAGGCAGUUAUUUUAGAUUUUACUAAGAAGUUCAGCAAAUACUUUUCAACAUUCCCUUCUGUCCUUUCUUUGUUUUUAAAGAAAGCUCUGAUUUUGUUUCAUUUUCAGCUGGAGACUUAAAUGACACCAAGCAAAGCCUACUUAGUUUAGAUAUCCAGAAAUUGGCUGGUGGAAAAAAAUCAAACAUGAAGAUUGCAGUUUUGUUUUGUUUUUUUCUGCUUAUCAUUUUUCAAACUGACUUUGGACAAAAUGAAGAAAUUCCUAGGAAGCAAAGGAGGAAGAUCUACCACAGAAGGUUGAGGAAAAGUUCAACCUCACACAAGCACAGAUCAAACAGACAGCUUGGAAUUCCACAAACAACAGUUUUUACACCAGUAGCAAGAUUCCCUAUUGUUAACUUUGAUUAUAGCAUGGAGGAAAAGUUUGAAUCCUUUUCAAGUUUCCCUGGAGUAGAAUCAAGUUAUAAUGUGUUACCAGGAAAGAAGGGACACUGUUUGGUAAAGGGCAUAACCAUGUACAACAAAGCUGUGUGGUCGCCUGAGCCCUGCACUACCUGCCUCUGCUCAGACGGAAGAGUGCUUUGUGAUAAAACCAUGUGCCAUCCCCAGAGGUGCCCCCAAACAGUUAUACCUGAAGGGGAAUGCUGCCCGGUCUGCUCAGCUACUGUCUCCUAUUCUCUACUCAGUGGUAUAGCAUUAAAUGAUAGAAAUGAAUUUUCUGGUGAUUCUUCAGAACAAAGAGAACCUACCAAUUUACUUCAUAAGCAACUGCCACCUCCUCAGGUGGGAAUGGACCAAAUAUUAAGAAAAGAAGCACUUCAAUCUGAGGAGGAUGAAGAAGUGAAAGAAGAAGAUACGGAGCAAAAGAGAGAGACCCCUGAAUCUAGAAAUCAGGGGCAACUUUACAGUGAGGGGGACAGCAGAGGAGCAGACAGAAAGCAGAGGCCUGGAGAGGAGAGGAGGCUGGCACACCAGCAACAACGCCAAGGAAGGGAGGAGGAGGAUGAGGAUGAGGAGGAGGAGGGUGAGGAGGGUGAGGAGGAUGAGGAGGACGAGGAGGACCCGGUAAGAGGAGAUAUGUUCCGAAUGCCCUCUCGAUCCCCGCUUCCUGCUCCUCCCAGAGGCACACUGCGCCUGCCAAGCGGGUGCUCUCUGUCCUACAGGACCAUCAGCUGCAUCAACGCCAUGCUUACCCAGAUACCACCGCUGACAGCACCACAGAUAACAAGUCUGGAGCUCACUGGCAAUUCCAUCGCCUCCAUCCCAGAUGAAGCAUUUAAUGGAUUACCAAACUUGGAAAGGCUUGAUCUGAGCAAAAAUAAUAUCACUUCUUCAGGCAUAGGUCCAAAAGCAUUCAAGCUUCUGAAGAAGUUAAUGCGUUUGAAUAUGGAUGGAAAUAAUUUGAUACAGAUUCCUUCACAAUUGCCAUCUACAUUAGAAGAACUUAAAAUCAAUGAGAACAAUCUUCAGGCUAUUGAUGAAGAAAGUUUAUCAGACUUAAAUCAAUUGGUCACCUUAGAAUUGGAAGGAAACAAUCUCAGUGAAGCCAAUGUCAAUCCUUUAGCUUUCAAAUCUUUGAAGAGCCUAGCCUACUUGCGUCUGGGAAAAAAUAAAUUUAGAAUUAUACCGCAGGGUCUUCCUGGUUCUAUUGAGGAAUUAUACCUAGAAAAUAACCAAAUUGAAGAAAUAACUGAAAUUUGUUUCAAUCAUACCAGAAAGAUCAAUGUCAUUGUACUACGUUAUAACAAAAUUGAAGAAAAUAGGAUUGCUCCUUUAGCCUGGAUAAAUCAAGAAAAUCUAGAAUCCAUUGAUCUCUCCUACAACAAGCUCUAUCACGUUCCCUCCUAUCUACCCAAGUCCUUGCUGCACCUCGUACUCCUUGGGAACCAGAUUGAACGGAUCCCUGGCUAUGUGUUUGGCCACAUGGAACCAGGCCUGGAAUACUUGUACCUGUCAUUUAACAAACUUGCUGAUGAUGGCAUGGACCGCGUCUCUUUCUAUGGGGCAUAUCAUUCCCUGAGAGAAUUAUUUCUGGAUCACAAUGACUUAAAAUCUAUACCACCUGGGAUACAAGAAAUGAAAGCACUACAUUUUCUGAGGCUGAACAACAACAAGAUACGGAACAUUCUUCCAGAAGAAAUUUGCAAUGCUGAAGAGGAUGAUGACUCAAAUCUGGAACAUCUUCAUCUUGAAAACAAUUAUAUUAAAAUUAGAGAAAUACCAUCUUACACAUUUUCAUGCAUAAGAUCAUAUUCAAGUAUUGUUCUUAAACCACAAAACAUCAAGUAAUUCCAAGUUUUCCUUUGCUGUUUAUAAACUUUAUUCAUGUAUUUGUAGUAGCUGCAUUUGUCAUUAAUAAGAGAGACAUAAUCCUCCCGUUAUACUCAGUAUCAUUAUAUGCUAGUCCACCUGAUUCACUAAUACACAGAUGAACAACCAAAAUAUACCUAAAAGGUGUAGUCUCUAGGAGUUUUAUUAAUAGUAAAGGUAAAAUCUCUCAGUUUCCCACCUCUAGAAAGAGGCCAUCUCACUAGAAUAGGAUAUUACGCACACUGAGUUAGACCAGAAGAGUCUGGAAAAAAAUAAACACAGCCUUUAUAAUCAACUUGAGUACUGGUGUUAGCUCAGAACUCUGUAAGUCCCUUUAAAAAUUAUGUAUCUUUUGGUUCAAGAUUAAGCAGCAUAAUGACAACAAAAAAAGCAGGCAGAAUUUAUGAAUAAGUGUUGUUUAUUAUUCUGUUAAAACAAUAAUUUGUUAAUUUCUUGUAAGGCCCUGUGCUAUAAUUACUGGUAUAAAUAUAACUGAGUAUUGGGGUAGCUUUCAUUUCUUCCAUUAAUUACAUGGUAAAAUUAAAACACUACUGUAAUGUUAAUUUCCUGGUUUUGAAAAUCAUAUUAUGGUUAUGUACAUUGUUAACAUUAAGGAAAACUGGCAGAAGGGUGUGCAUAAGUUCUAUUAUAUUUUUGAAACUUUUCUAUAAUUCUAUAAUUAUUUUUUAAAGUUAAACAGCAUAUUAAGAUUACCUUCACUAUUCUUCACUCAAGAUUAAAACAUUUUUUUGAAAAGCAGUAGAGUUUGCUUAAAAUACAAAUUAAUUAUUCUUGACUAUAACCUUGUAAAGGUAAAUCUAAUGUAUAAAUUUUUGAAAAAUUUUGCACCACUGGUCACAGCAUCUAUCUCCUUUGCCUUAAUUUACUGAAAUAUAUCACUUUAUUCAGUUCAAUUGAAAUAAAGCUAUGUCUUUACUAUGUAUUGGCCCUACCAAAACCAUAUAUUAAAAUUUUUUAACAUAAUGAUCUUUUAUCUUUGUAUUGCUAAAGUAAUUUAUAAGACACAUAUAGAAACUAUGCUGACUUCUUUUGUUAUUCUCAGUUUUAUGUCUUGGCUAGGAACUUAAGUGCCAGUGUUGGCCUCAUUGCAUAGGUUUCUCUAAUUUUUUAAGCUUUAGUUAUUUAAUCAUUUAAUAGUUAUUUCACCACUCUAGGAACCUUCCAUCCCCAUUUCACAAAGCUAUUAUAAGAACCAGAAAAGAAUGUAAAGCAUUUUGGAAAGUAUGGUAUGGAUGAUGAAUGCAGUUAUUAUCUCAUAUAAAACUGAGAGGAACCAGCAUAGCCAACCACGAUUGACAAUUUCAUGGGUGACUUUCAGUUUCAUAAGUGUGAAAAGUUUGACUUAUUCCAUGUUUUUUUUUUUUUUUACUUUUUAGUAAUUUGUUUAUUUUCUACAGAUUUUAUGAAAGACAACAUUCAUAACAUUAAUGGUUAAAACAUUCCUUUAUUUCCUUCCUUCCUUCUUUUUUUCUUGGCUGAACCAAUGUUGAGGGACAAGUUUUUUUUUUUUUGCCUUUUUAAAAAAAUUUUAUUAUUAUUGAAGUUUUAGGAUACAUGUGCACAAUGUGCAGGUUUGUUACAUAUGUAUCCAUGUGCCAUAUUGGUGUGCUGCACCCACUAACUCAUCAUUUAGCAUUAGGUAUAUCUCCUAAUGCUAUCCCUCCCCCCUCCGCCCACCCCACAACAGUCCCCAGAGUGUGAUGUUCCCCUUCCUGUGUCCAUGUGUUCUCCAUUGUUCAAUUCCCACCUAUGAGUGAGAACAUGUGGUGUUUGGUUUUUUGUCCUUGCGAUAGUUUACUGAGAAUGAUGGUUUCCAGUUUCAUCCAUGUCCCUACAAAGGACAUGAACUCAUCCUUUUUUAUGGCUGCAUAGUAUUCCGUGGUGUAUAUGUGCCACAUUUUCUUAAUCCAGUCUAUCAUUGCUGGACAUUUGGGUUGGUUCCAAGUCUUUGCUAUUGUGAAUAGUGCUGCAAUAAACAUACGUGUGCAUAUGUCUUCAUAGCAGCAUGAUUUAUAAUCCUUUGGGUAUAUACCCAGUAAUGGAAUGGCUGGGUCAAAUGGUAUUUCUAGUUCUAGAUCCCUGAGGAAUCGCCACACUGACUUCCACAAUGGUUGAACUAGUUUACAGUCCCACCAACAGUGUAAAAGUGUUCCUAUUUCUCCACAUCCUCUCCAGCACCUGUUGUUUCCUGACUUUUUAAUGAUGGUCAUUCUAACUGGUGUGAGAUGGUAUCUCACUGUGGUUUUGAUUUGCAUUUCUCUGAUGGCCAGUGAUGAUGAGCAUCUUUUCAUGUGUUUUUU